AAAAAUGUACAAAUCCUUUUAAAACUAGUUAAUAUAUUUUCACUAUUUCACCACAACCAUGGCGUACCAACAAUUCAUGUUUGACGAGGCCUUUGAGUUUCAAGAUGAUCAUACACACAGUACAAAAACAAAUGAGAAAUACCAUACUGAAAUAGAAGAUCAGAGAUUGCCCCCACUUGGAGCUUGCAGUAACGAAGAUGAUUUACCAACUAAAGAAGGUCUUGAUAUUCAAUCAUAUUUGCAACUUCAAGAACAACACGAACAACUAAACACAUCACUCUUUGCUCUGACAUCACAUUUUGCACAGGUUCAAUUUCGCCUGAAACAAAUUAUUCAUGCUCCAAAAGAAAAUCAAGAGGAGCUGUUAAACGAACUAGAGGAUUUUGCAUUUGCUGGAUGCCCAAAUGUUGUUGGACCAAACGAAAAGAGAGUGGCAUGCUCUUCCUGUGUCUCUCAUACGGCCAUUGAACAUUACGAGCAACGGAUUAUGGAUGAAAAAGAAAGAGAGGAACGACUUGCUGUACAUUUAAAAAAGAUGAUAUCGGACUUAGAACAUUGUCAAAAGCAGCUUGAUCAUAAAGUGACGAAGAAACCAAGAAAGAAAGGAGGAUAUAUUGCAGCUAGUAAGAAUGCUUCAAAGUAUACGUUUGAUGAUGCAGAAAAAUUGGAGAUAAGUGAUGAUGAAGUUGAUGGCAUACCAAAAGAAGAUAUCAAGAAAUACAUAGACAAGACCAUGUCCAGGCUGAUCAAUCCGAAGAAAGCAAAAGAAAAUAUAAUAACGCAAGUAUCCAAACAAAUUACUGACAUGGAAAAAUUUGUCACUUUCUUACAAGGUUAUGAAUCAACAACAGAAGCUGAAACCGACAUUGAGCCUGUCAACGCCAAAGCAAAACCAAAGAACACUGCUCCGAUUAAUACAAACAUGAAUAAACAAGAGAAGACGAGACUCCCAGCACCUCACACCAACAUGUUGAAACUAAGCGAAGACAAGAGAAAGCGAUUACACGAAGCAAGUGUUGCUGUCAUCAAAAAGAGUCUAGCUGUGUUACAAAUCUUUGCCAUAAGUCAAUUCGGAUGUAGCGCUAGACGUUUUCAAGAUCACAUGAUGAGAAAAUCAGAGUCAGCGACAGCUUCUUCUUCCGGUUUCGUCGAGCCUCUAGCAAAGUUGCGUUCGUCCAUUGAUCACAUCAUGGUCUUACAUACCAAGUUAGUGGAUGUUGGAGGUUUACAUCCUGACUCAGAGGACGAAUUGAACCUGCCGAUAUCAUCCGCUGAUAGGAGAGCAUCUUGGAGAAAAUCAAAAACAUUGUCAAGGGAACGUAGUCGUGAUUCUUCUAUUUCUUCUGUCACAUCUGUUGCGACCAUUGCUGGAAAGUCUAUUGAUGUGGCUAUUCAAGAAGAUUUGAUUCGUGUUGUACGUGGAGAUUUUGUUGUGGCUUUGAAAGAACUGUUACAACAUGGACUCUGCACUUCUUUUCAAUCAGAAGGUUUAUCAACGAAAGCAUUGGUGGGGUGUAUGAGCUCUCACUCUGUCAAAGGAUACAGCAUGCAUAUAUGGGAUUAUUUCAGUAAAUUUUAUAACAUGAAGCAUGGAGAUCAGUUCAAUCAUCAACCAAGUAUGAUGUUGUCUGAAGCUUUUGCGAUGGAUGUUGGCUGCACACAACAAACGCCAAAACAGUCCUUGCUCACGGUUCUUCAUCGUAUUAAAGAGACGCAUGAAUCUCGUAAACGCAGCUUCGACGCCAUGUUUAAAGCUCUCGUGUCUGCUGGCUUAAACCGUGGACGUCUAGCUCAGUGGAUCCGCUUGGUGAUCCGCUGUCCAGAGUUGAUGGAGCAUCAUUAUGAAAGAUGGUCAUACGUAGUUCGCACAGGCUUUGAUGAUGUUUUAACGUUACUCGAAAAGCUAUCAUCUUUGACUUUCUUCUUGCCAGAAGACUUGGCGAUACGUCAUUUAUUAAAAAGCGCGAACGAAUUUGGUGAUGCGUAAAUGUAUCCGGGGUGUUAUUUAUUAUUUUUAUGUGGUUACGUUGUGUUUCGAAAAUUUGGAUAUUUAUAUUUGGCCUAAAUAUAAGAAAGUGUGAACAAGGAGUAAUAUAAUCUACUUUCUUUGGUGAUUUGUAUAUUUUAUUUUUCUUUGGUGAUGUAAAAUUAUAUUUUUAGUCGAGGAUAAUCUGUAUAUAUUUACGUAUUUAAAUGUUAAAUGCUGCAAAAAUAUAAAGCUCUGUUCACACGUCUUUGCAUAGAAGCGAAUUUAGAUCAUCUCGAUCGUUUUGCUUUAUUCACACAACUUUGUACUUACUUCUUAUUAUAAACGCGUAGCUAGGAAUUCUAUUUUUCAGCGUGGGUCAAGACCUUAAAUUUUACUUCUUUGCAUUUAAAAAAACUGCCUAAAAAUUAAGAAUAUAUUUUUGUGUUCUAUGGA